AUGUCUCUCUCUCUCUCUGAUAGUAUACAGAGAGAUACAGAGAUAUCUUUCUUUCUCUUCCUUUAUCUCAGUGUCUCCCCCUCCCUCAGUACUCAUGUCUGUCUUUCUUUUCCGUUUAUAUUCUAUUUACUCCAUGAAAAAUUUUGGCUGACUGAUUCCUGUAUAGAGAGCAGUAUUAUGUCAAAGUAUAAACAGUUUGAAGAUGAAGAUUUCUCAGAAUGCAAAAGUGAGAAUGGCACAAAGCCGAGUGCAGCUGUCCAAAUUGAAGACACCCAAAUCAGUGUGAAUCCUUCACUCCAAGUCAAUUUCAACAAUGGGAAUGGAGCUGACCAUCAGUCCGUUCAAACCAAUAUUGAAGGAACCCCACGGGCAUUUAUUAAUGAUCCAGCUGGGGACCGAUACUGUCCAAAAAAUAAACUUGAAGCCGUCCAGUUGAUGGUGAAGCGCAUUGUAGAGCAUCUAAUUUUUCGUAUUAUGACCGUGCUUCUCAUCUUAACAGACUUCAUCCUUGUUGUAGUUGAUUUGGCUAUCUUUGAUUGUGAUGCAGACAGUGGCCUGGAAAUCACAUCUCACGUCAUCAUCUCAUAUUUUAUGCUGGAGGUUGCUCUCAGGAUAUUUUACAGAGGAAAGAGCUUUUUUUAUAACUGUAUUGAUGUAUUAGAUAUGGUGGUUGUGGUAGUAUCAUUUGUGACAGACAUGGUAUUUGCAGGACUUUAUGGCAUUGAAUCUUGUCAGAAGGACAAUGCUGCUGAUCUUGCCAAGUUAGUUGUGAUUGGUCGUGUUGUCCGUAUCAUCAGAAUAUGUCGAAUCAUUUACAUAAUGAUUGUUCAACACCGUCAUUUAACAAAUGCUACACGACAAAUGGUAUCACAAAACAAACGACGAUACCAAAAAGACAGUUUUGAUUUAGAUUUGUGUUAUAUUACAGAACGAGUCAUUGCCAUGUCCUUUCCUUCUGCUGGCAUUAUGGCCUUUUACCGCAACCCAAUUCAUGAAGUUGUUCGGUUCUUUGAAACAAAGCAUAAAGACCAUUACAAGAUUUAUAAUUUAUGUAGUGAAAAAGAUUAUGAUGAAAGCCUUUUCCAUAACAGAGUUGAAAGGAUAUUUAUUGAUGAUCACAACGUACCAACUCUAUCGUAA